AUGAAGCUGUUUCUGGUUCUUGUUAUUCUGCUUUUUGAGGUACUCACAGAUGGAGCACGACCCAGAAAAUGCUCUAAUGAGAUCGGAGGCUUCUGCAGGAAGAAAUGCAAAGUAGGGGAAGUCUAUGAAUCGGGAUGUCUAAGGAGAAAAUUAUGUUGUGUUGAUGAAUACGAGAGAAGAAAGUACUUGGCAGCCCAUAAUCCGCCACGUCAACCAGGGAAGAAGGUUGACCGGGAUGAGAAGCUGGACUACAGUAUUUUACCCACCGUCACUCUCGUCACAAUCGAUUUCUAA